UUGCAAGAAUGAAUCCCAAACAUUAUUGCAUGACAACAACAGACUGAUGUCGUAUGACAAAAGCACUCAACAAACAACUGUGACAGACUCACUGCUGCAAACUAGCUGCCCUGACUGCUUUAUUGGAAAGACACUGAACUCCAUGAACGCACUUUUCCUCCUCAGUCGGAGACAGAAUGUCAAUGAUGAUGAACUAAAUGAGUUUGUGAAACAGGCUGAGUGUCUGAAAUACAAGCGUCCAGUGGUUUUCAACACAGAUCAUGACUAUGAAAACUGCAAGCCUGUGGAAGAAGCAAAUGAAGAAGUUGACCCUGCAGUUCAAGCCCUACUUACUCAGAAAGUGGAAGACUUUCGUGAAGCAGUGAUCAACUGCAUCAAGAAUUAUUUCAUGUCUUUGUAUGGAUUUUGCAAGAAUGAAUCCCAAACAUUAUUGCAUGACAACAACAGACUGAUGUCGUAUGACAAAAGCACUCAACAAACAACUGUGACAGACUCACUGCUGCAAACUAGCUGCCCUGACUGCUUUAUUGGAAAGACACUGAACUCCAUGAACGCACUUUUCCUCCUCAGUCGGAGACAGAAUGUCAAUGAUGAUGAACUAAAUGAGUUUGUGAAACAGGCUGAGUGUCUGAAAUACAAGCGUCCAGUGGUUUUCAACACAGAUCAUGACUAUGAAAACUGCAAGCCUGUGGAAGAAGCAAAUGAAGAAGUUGACCCUGCAGUUCAAGCCCUACUUACUCAGAAAGUGGAAGACUUUCGUGAAGCAGUGAUCAACUGCAUCAAGAAUUAUUUCAUGUCUUUGUAUCAAUCCAUUGCAAAUGUUUGGUCCUGA